GGACUGGUCCAGCUGGAAAAAGCAAGAAGGAGGGCAGUUCGCGAGCGGCUGCGUCCCGACGCGGUCCUAACGAGAAUAUUGGUAUCACCGGUAUCAAGGUCAAGCGGUUUCGGACUGCAUGCGACUACGGACGUGUUGGACGAGGAUAGCGAAGAGAACUAUGAGGUGGAUCGCAGCUGUCGCCGGGUUCUUCCUGAUCCUGGUUUCGUCGCAGGACGUCGAGGCCGAGCCCAGUAGGAAUGGAUUGGCGGAGACACCGUGGAGAGCGAAGCGGAGCAUAGACGUGAACGACGUCUACGAGAAGGAGGAGAAGAUGCGCCGACACAGAUUGCCGGAGGAAAUGUCGCUGUCCAGCUAUCACCUCGAGCUCGAACCGUUCCUCGCCGAUCCUUACGAGUUCAAAGGCCGAGUCAGGAUCAACGUCACCUGGCUCGACAGCAGCGACAGGCUCACUCUGCGCGCUCUCCCAAACCUCAAGAUCACCAAUUACAGUGUCAGACACGUGAAACCGUCGGACGAGGAAAGAGAGAAGGGUCUGCCGUUGAUGGACGUGAACGUCGCGAGGGUCGAUCUGCCCAAAGAGACGAGACCUUGGUACACGCUCCAUUUCGAACAGAUCCUGACAAAUGGUAGUACCUUCGAGAUAGACAUCAGUUUUUCGGGCCAGUUCAGCACCGACAGGACCAUCGGCUUCUUCAAGAGCGAGUAUAACGACGCCGACGGAAACAAAUACCCGUUCGUGGGUACCAAUUUCAGAUUGGGAUACGCGCACGGCGUGUUCCCUUCGAUGGACGAGCCGUCUUACAAAACGACGUUCAGGCUAAGCGUACUUCGUCCGAAGAACAUGACGGCGCUCUCAAACACUCCUUUGGAGACCAGCAAAGAGGUAGCUGGUCAGCCGGACAUGGUCUGGGACCAUUUCGCGAAAACGCCGAAAAUUUCCACGUACCAGUUGGCUCUGACGGUGUCCAACCUUGAGAGCAUCGCGCCCACGCAGGAGAUCAAUGAAAUGGAUGGAAGGAAGUUGGAGAUCAAGGUGUGGGGACGGAAGGAAUUCCUGAAACAUUUGAAAGACGCACCAGACAAGGUUGUCAAGAUAAUGAAUUAUUUUCAAGAUUACUUCAACAGUUCGAUCGGAUUGCCGAAACUCGACUUAAUGGCGGUACCUAUGUAUAACGCGGCUAAACCGUCCGACAGCUGGGGUCUGAUACUUUUCAAGGAAAGCGAAUUGGGCAGUCCGUCGGUCUGGAACACGGCCUACGAGCUUGUUUACCAAUGGAUCGGUCAGUACAUCACACCGAGUCAUUGGACGAGCGGUACAUCGGUGAACAAGGCGAUCAACUCGUUCUUAGCUUCGAUGGCCACGGUGGACAUCAAUCCGGACGAGAUGGAGGGGAAGUGGCCGAUGACGCUGCUGUAUUCCCUUUACUACGAAUUCGGCAAGUUCGAACCGUUCUCGAGGGUGAACGGCAUCAGGAACGAGGCGAUGUUGGCAAAAGAGGAACUGGUGUUCCGUAUGUUCAAUUACACUCUCGGCGAGGAUCUGUUUCAGAAAGGGGUCAGACAUUUCUUCAGAUCGUGCUCGCAAACGGAUACGCGCAAGUUCUUCGCGGACGAGAUUUACACCAGGCUGAACGACGUGGCGAACGAAACGAGCAUUCUGUCGGCCAACUAUCCGACGAUAAACAGCAUCGCGGCCCGAUGGACCAACCGGGACAGGGUACCGGUGGUCACGGUCAACCGUGAUUAUAAGGCUCGCACGAUCACGUUCAACCAGAAAGUUUAUCUGAGGGAAGCUCCGCGAGCUUUCACCCCCAGAGUCUCGUACGAGUGGGACAUACCGCUGGUGAUGAUGUCGCAAGAAAACUUGGAGUACCGACCACCUUGUCGCCUGUGGUUGAUCAAGGACAAACCAGAAAAGAAUCUCACCGUACCAGACAACGUCACUGACGAUCAGUUCGUCAUCGUCAAUCCUGAAGAGAUAGGCAUGUUCCCGGUUAACUACGACAUCUGCAACUGGAAGAUGCUGUCGCAAUUCUUGCAAGGCCCGCAGCGCGAAACAAUUCCCGUUCUGACCAGAGCGAAGCUUCUUCACGACUCUUGGAAUCUGGCGUACUCCGGUGAACUCUGCUUCAGGAUCGCGUUGAGCAUGACCCUGUUUUUGAAAGAGGAAAGGAGUCACGUGGUGUGGGAGCCGGUCUUCAUGAUGAUCGAUCACAUCGGCAGACGCAUCGAGGGCUUCGACGUCUAUCCGAAAUUCGAAGCUUAUACGCGAACGCUGUUGAAACCUUUAUACGAAGAACUUAACAAAUCCGUGGACCCGGACGAACCGUCUUGGAAGACUCACAUGCGGAGCAUGGCCAAGAGCUUCCUUUGUCGAGCCGGAUACGAGCCGUGCGUGAAAGAGGCGAGGGAUCAAUACAAGAAAUGGCUGAUCGACGAGGACCCGGAUAAAGGAAAUCCAGUUGCCAACGAAUUUAUCUGCCCGGUAUUCAAGUGGGGCACCGAAGAGGAAUGGGAAUUCGGACUUCAGCGCGUGAUAAACUUCCCACAGAGCAGCCCGGAGAGGAAGCAGAACGAAAGGACCUAUCUUCUAAAGUCGUUGGCCGGUUGUUCGCAGGACGCGUACAAGAUCGAAAGAUUAUUGAACGCAACGUUUUUCGACAAGGACAAGAAAACGUUCUCGGACUCCGAUAUCCAAUUGAUAUUAGUCACGCUGAGCGGCAGGUCAAGCGGUUACACAACCGUGUUCAACUUCUUUGUGAACAAUUGGGACGCUGUAAAACAGCGAUUCGAGGACAAACCAUAUCUCUGGCGGCGCGUAAUGGAAUCGGCCUCUUCCUCGUUUAGCACCCAAAAGGGCCUCGACCUGGUGCAGAAAUUGUACGCGAAUCAUGAAGACGAGUUCAAAUCGACCCGGUCCGAUCUCAGGAUACCGAAGAACUUUCAAGCAGAGAGGAAGGAAUGGAACGAGAAGAAUCUCCCGGUGAUCGACGCUUGGCUUACAGAAAAUUUGCCUAAAGAGGAACUAGAAGCUAUUCAAGAUAGAAUCACUACCACCGUGACUCCUGCCAUAGAUCUCCUGUCAGACCUUUCCUGAAGUGACCGCAUAUUAUGUAUAUCUCAUCCACCGCUUCGACUUUAAACGUAUGUAUAAAUAACACUGAAAACGCGUCACCGGGAUGGUUGUUAACGGUGAUGAUUAAUCGACUCGAUAAAUGGUAGUACAGCCAUUGUCCACGAUGAAAGAUCGAACAUGAUCAAGUACUAAUAGAGAAAUAGCAUAGUUUAUAUUUUGUUUAUAUUUAUGGAAUGCGUAAACGUGCUCGACGUUGAACUGAUAUUACAUUGUAUGUAUGAUCGAUUGGUAAUUAAAAUUUAUUUGUAGAUCAACGUAGCGUUUCGCAAUGUGAAUUUUCUGUCCGAUACUCAUCGUAUCGAUCAUUCCAAUUAGUUUCAACCUGAUUAUAGCACAUUUUACGCACUUUAAUUUCUGAAUAAAACUUAUCUAGUCCGAAGUA